AUGAAUACUCUACUAUUCCUGUUUUUGUGUGCAACAAUCUUCACAAUAUGCAAUUGUCGCAGAGUGAAAAGAAAUACGCAGCAACCAGCUUUGAAAGAAGGCGGCGAAAAGAAAUAUUCCAAGACAUGCUAUAGCAUUCACUUUCCGGCAAACGAUACUUACGACGUUGUGCUCUACAGAACAAUGCUCGGAAAUGAAGCGAAUCAGGUUGUCGCUGGAAGUGUUACAAAGCUAAUAGACGUCUUGGAGAAGAAGAAAUGUGGAGACGAUGUAAAAGGAAAUUAUUACGUCGAAGGUAAUUUCAAUGAUGUAAAUGCGACAUUUACGAUCACAGAAUGCAACAAGGUUGGCAGCAAUUUAACGGAAGCUCGAUGCCAACCAGUAUCAAAUGUGCCUGAGCAGAACAAGCCUUGA